GGGAAGGAGCAGCUCGGUGGGGAGGACCACACUUUCCCGUGACGUUGCUUGGAUAAGAGGAAGUCAUAUUUUCUCCAAUAUUCAGCCACCGAGACGGACUAUCUGCUGGCCCUUUUUGAACCGGACGACCGAGGAAAACCCCCAAAAUAUUUUGGCCGCUUUUAGCGAGGUUACGGAGGGGCUGAAGUCCACGAUGAUGGAAAUGGAGGUGAUGCAUUCCGGACAACAGAAAAAUGCAUCCAAACUAAUCGGGAGAGGCUUCAUCAUACAACAAGACAAUGACCCAAAACGCACUGCCAACACAACAAAGGACUUCAUCAGGGGGGAACAAGUGGAAGGUCUUUGACUGGUCAAGUCAAUCACUGGACCUUAACCCAAUAGAGCGUGCAUUUCACCUCCCAAAGAGGAGACUGAAGGGAGAAACCCCCAGAAACAAACAACUGAAGGAGGCUGCAGUAAAGGCCUGGAAUUUCACAUUUCAAAUGAAGAAUGCAACAGUCUGGUGAAGUCAAUGGGUUGCAGGCUUGAUGCAGUUAUUGCAAGCAAGGGUUAUGCCACCAUAUAUUAAAUGUUAUUCACUUUAAGUUAAUUGAAUAAUUUCUGUUCCAAUACCUUUGCUCACUUCAAAAGUGGGUGGCUUCAGACUAAAUGUGCUCUGUGCUGAGUUUUUUUUUUUUUUUUUAAACACAUCUAGAAGUAAAUACCAUGAAAUAAAAGCGGGAAUUCUGAACUUUUUUUUUUUCAGUUAUGGGAACUUCCACAACAGAGUUGGGAUUUAUUUGCCCAAGGUGGCAACUCUUAUGAGUCAAAGGUUUAUAGUACAUUGUUUGUAGAUUGAUUCUAUGAAUUCUUUUGUAACUUCAAUAGUUUAUUUGUUCUGUGUCUUCCAAAAUCCAUGAGCAUUAGUGGAGCCACUCUGGCUGUUUGGAACAUGUGUGUUCUAUCAUGAGCGGUCAAGGGGGGUAUGUUGGCUGAUAUACGAUAAAAGGAGCGUGCCCCUCUGAAGACCUUGUUUUAGAGUUCAACGAACAGUGGACAACUGGUUAGCACAUCUGCCUUACUCUUCAGUGGACCGGGGUUCAAAUCCCGGCCCCGCCUGUGUGGCGUUUGCAUGUUCUCCCCGUGUCUGUGUGGGUUUCCUCCCACAUCCCAAAAACAUGCAUGGUAGGUUGAUCGCAGACUCUAAAUUGCCCGUAGGUGUGAAUGUGAGUGUGAAUGGUUGUUUGUUUAUGUGUCCUGCGAUUGGCUGGCGACCAGUUCAGGGUGUAUCCCGCCUCCCGCCCGAAGAUAGCUGGGAUAGGCUCCAGCACGCCCGCGACCUUUGACAUGGACCUGAUCGACAUUCUGUGGAGGCAGGACAUCGAUCUGGGAGCCCGGCGUGAGGUGUUCGACUACAGCCACCGUCAGAAGGAGCACGAGCUGCAGAGGCAGCAGGAGCUGGCGGAGGAGAAGAGGCUGCACCUCCUCCGCGAGCAGGAGAAGGCUCUGCUGGCACAGCUACAGCUGGACGAAGAGACAGGGGAGUACGUGCCGCGACCGCUGCCCAGCACCCCGCUCCAGUCGGCCACCACGCCGCAGUUAGCUGCCACACCUCUGGCGGUAGCACAGGACGUGAGCUUCACACAACAGAGUGCUGGGACUUUGUCAUUUGACGAAUGCUUGCAGCUCCUUGCAGAGACGUUUCCCAUCGAGGAAAAUGAGGAUGCCUCCGUUUCCCUGGACACGAGUGAUGUCUCUGUUGCGAGCAGCCGCAGCAGCAGCGUUGCCAUGAUGUCCCCCGAGCAACCAUCUUUGGCCCCACUUACGCUCUCACCAGGUCCUAUGAUAGCAUCCCAGCCACAGAAGAUACCUUUGGAUAUCGAACAGGCCUGGAUGGAGCUGCUGUCACUUCCUGAGCUGCAGCAAUGUCUGAGCCUACAAAUGGAGGACACACUGGAGACAACGACCUAUCCUCUCCCAAAUAGCACUGAAGCACAGGAUCCAAACUACUCUUUUUACCCAAUGUCUAGUCCAGUAGAAGAGAAAAACAAUUUAAAUGUGUGUCCUACAGUUUUUAUGAAUACAUUUGAUAGCUCAGUUCCCAGCGUGACACCAGCAGACAAUGUGAACCGAAUGAAGUCAGAAGUUCCCCAGUUAAACACUCAUUUCAACCUUAAUAGCUUUUGCAACACAUUUGACCCUGACACCAGUUUGGAGAAGAGCAGCAGUCAGCAGGACCUUGAGGGAAAAGAAUACAAUAUCAUGUCCGAUGUUCAGAAAUUGUACAGCCUCUCACCCGGUGAUACGUUUGAACGGGGCAGACAUAAUGCAUCUGCAGAAGUGCCUGACUUAGACUCUGGACUCUCCUCAAGUCCCCACACCCACACUUGCUCGCCUGGGAAAUCUCUAUAUGGAGAUGAGGGUUUUGACGGCAGCGAUUCUGACAUGGAGGAGAUGGACCAGAACCCUGGCAGCACAAAAUCUGACUACUCGGAGAUGUUCUCUUUAAACUUUCAACCUGAUGAUGUUCACCAAGCAUUUCCUCUGCCCACAUUAGCGGGCCAGGUUCAAAUCCAGGACGAGCCCAAAAAAGAAAUGGAUCCGGCGGAAGACAACGGCCACAGCGCCUCGCCCUUCACUAAAGACAAACGCAAGAGAAGAUCGGAUUUGCGUCACUCCAGGGACGAGCAGAAGGCCAAGGCCCUCAAGAUCCCCUUCAGCGUUGACAUGAUCAUUAACGUGCCUGUCGACGACUACAACGAGCUGAUCUCAAAGAACCAACUGAAUGAGGCCCAGCUAGCCCUGGUCCGGGACAUUCGCCGCCGCGGCAAGAACAAGGUGGCAGCCCAGAACUGCCGCAAGCGCAAGAUGGAGAACAUCGUGGGGCUGGAGCUGGACCUGGACUCACUCAAGGAGGAGAAAGAGAGUCUGCUGGGCGAGAAGUCCCGCAACGUAAACAGCCUGAGAGAGAUGAAGAGGAAGCUGAAUAGCCUUUACCUGGAAGUGUUCAGCAUGCUCAGGGACGAGGAUGGCAACUCCAUCUCGCCGUCCGACUUCUCUCUGCAGCAGUCGACCGAAGGCAGCGUCUUCCUUGUUCCUCGCACUAAAAAGACUUUGAUCAAGAGCUAAAACCAGCGCCUGUCUUUCUAGUAAGGUACAGCAGUGACAUAGUCGCUCUAUGCAAUGACAUUCUCAGCUUUAAGCAUCAGUAGCGCUUAGUGUUGUCACAAUACCAAAAUGUUGACUUCGAUACUAUACAUGCAUAAAGUAACUCAAUACCGGUCCGGAAACAAAACCACGGCAAAAACCUAAAACGUCAGUAAAAAGCAGUGGAAUAAUGGCUGACAGGUAAACAACUUUGAAUUCUUUUUAUUUGUAUGAAUUAAAAAAAAAAAGGAUUCUAAUUAGAAUACAUUUGAUAAAAUAACUCUAGAAGAAUGGAACACAAAACAUUCAACAUUUUCUAAACACUACUGAACUGAACUAAAGUUUAUAUACACACACACACACACACACGUGUAUCCAGCGGUGUACAAGUCUUAGGCCAAGUUUUGUUUGAGCAAUGUUAUCAUGAUCAUAUGUAACUAGAGCUACUAAGUUUAUCAUAGACCUCCACCAAGGCUGAACUAGUGAUAAAAGUCAAAACAAUCCAUAAAACUUGGUAUUUGGAUUUGUUAGACUGCCCAAGUGUUUAGCUCGCAGGCUAUUUACUGGAGGAUGGGGAACAUAUGGGAGGCGAAAAUAUGAUUCUGGGGGGGUGAAUGGUUCUAUUGAUUCCAUGGUGACUCAUAAUGCAUACAAAAACUAACCCUAUCUGCACCCCAAUUCCGAUCCACAGCAAAAUACAUCUUCAAUUAAUCGCUAGUGUUCCAGUGCGAGAAUUUGCAGCCACUUCUGUGUUUUGUGCAACCCCCCCGAAUAUUUUUUUUCCGGCAAAAAAAAAAUAAAAAAAAAAAAUCACUGUUUGGUUUUGGAACUGGUACUUGGUGCAAAACUAGUAGCUCUGCAGAACUAUUGUAAAGUUUUGGUUCUUCUUCUUGGAUGUUAUGAAUAUUUUUUAUAUUUUCUUUUAUACUCAUAUUCUAUGUGAUUAUUUGUAAAUAGACAUGAUAUAAAUCUUGAGAUUAAUACAACUGUUACUGUAUGUGUAAAUAUUCUGACUGUAUAGUUUCUGUAUGCUAAAUGGAAGAUUUUUAACUAUAUACACUAUGAUUUGCUGCGCAGGUUCUUAUGCUUUUCAAUAAAUCAUCCAAAGCUA